GCCCUCUCCCGCCCGCCCGCCCUCCGCCCGCCCGCCCGCCCUCCGCCGCCCUCCACCCGCCCCGGGGUCUCUUUCCCCCUUCCUCCUCCUCCUCCUCCACCCCCCCCUUCCUCCUCCGCCCGCCCGCGGGGCCCCCCUCGCCUUCCCGCCCGCCCCUAUUGUUCCGCCCCCGGCCUCCCGCCCUUCCCCUUCCCGCCCGCUCCCCUUUUCCCCUCAGUCGCCUCGCGCCUGCAGUUUUUGGCUUUCACCCCCACCAGUGACCAAAGACUUGACCACUCAAAGUCCAGCUCCCCAGAACACUGCUCGACAUGGACACCGGUGUGAUUGAAGGUGGAUUAAAUGUCACUCUCACCAUCCGGCUACUUAUGCAUGGAAAGGAAGUUGGCAGUAUCAUCGGAAAGAAAGGAGAAUCAGUUAAGAAGAUGCGUGAGGAGAGUGGUGCACGUAUCAACAUCUCAGAAGGGAAUUGUCCUGAGAGAAUUAUCACUUUGGCUGGACCCACUAACGCCAUCUUCAAAGCCUUCGCUAUGAUCAUUGACAAACUGGAAGAGGACAUCAGCAGCUCUAUGACCAAUAGUACAGCUGCCAGUAGACCCCCAGUUACCCUGAGGCUGGUGGUCCCUGCUAGUCAGUGUGGCUCUCUCAUCGGGAAAGGUGGUUGCAAGAUCAAAGAAAUACGAGAGAGUACAGGGGCUCAGGUCCAGGUGGCGGGGGAUAUGCUCCCCAACUCAACUGAGCGGGCCAUCACUAUUGCUGGCAUUCCGCAAUCCAUCAUUGAGUGUGUGAAACAGAUCUGCGUGGUCAUGUUGGAGACUCUCUCCCAGUCCCCCCCGAAGGGCGUGACCAUCCCGUACCGGCCCAAGCCGUCCAGUUCUCCAGUCAUCUUUGCAGGUGGUCAGGACAGGUACAGCACAGGCAGCGACAGUGCGAGCUUUCCCCACACCACCCCGUCCAUGUGCCUCAACCCUGACCUGGAGGGACCACCUCUAGAGGCCUAUACCAUUCAAGGACAGUAUGCCAUUCCACAGCCAGAUUUGACCAAGCUGCACCAGUUGGCAAUGCAACAGUCUCAUUUUCCCAUGACGCAUGGCAACACCGGAUUCAGUGGCAUUGAAUCCAGCUCUCCAGAGGUGAAAGGCUAUUGGGCAGGUUUGGAUGCAUCUGCUCAGACUACUUCUCAUGAACUCACCAUUCCAAAUGAUUUGAUUGGCUGCAUAAUCGGGCGUCAAGGCGCCAAAAUCAAUGAGAUCCGUCAGAUGUCUGGGGCGCAGAUCAAAAUUGCGAACCCAGUGGAAGGAUCUACUGAUAGGCAGGUUACCAUCACUGGAUCUGCUGCCAGCAUUAGCCUGGCUCAAUAUCUAAUCAAUGUCAGUUUAGAAAACGCUAAACCCUCCUCCCAGGCAGCCUCCGUCACGAUCCCUGAUCACCUCAGCAUCAACCUCUCUCAACCCUCCACCCCUUCUUCUUCUUCUUCCUCCUCCACCACCACCCCCUCGCUCGCCACAGCGGGGACCUCCGACGCACCCUCCAGCCUCCCCAACCCUCUUCCGACCGCCCCUUGUGUCUCCAGUCUGCUUGGCAUGAAACCCAUCCCUCUCCUGGCUCUAAAUGUUGUGUCUGCUGCUAAGGGUACCGGGGCUUCAGCUACCGCCACCACCACCUCUGCCGUGCCAUGUGUAACUAACAAACUGAAAGGCGAGAAACAGAGAUUCUCCCCCUACUGAUUGAAUAUCUUGAGGCACCCCCUCAAGCACUCUUGGUUCAUUUUGGUUUUCUUUGUUAACAUUGGUGAGAACCGAACAAUUGUGAGCUUGUGACCGUUUCCUUUUUACUAUUUGGGGGCAUAACAGGGUGGGGGUGGGGGUAACGGUAACCUGGGGUUAGGGUUAGGCCAUUUCAUCUGAGUGCCUGUUUCAGAGUCUGACUUGUUGAAUUCUUUAUCUAGAGCCACAUCUUGCUCUUCCUUUUCAUUCUGUUACUUUUUUGUAGCUUUAUUCUGCAUUGCAAUAUAACAAUGUGUUAGGCUCUGUGUUAAUGAAUAAAAGCUUCUCCAUUAACCCUUUUUUUUUUUUAAUUAUUUAAUGGUUAAGUUAUCAGCAGGCCGUCUUGGCCAGAUUUGUGUUUCUAGCUGUAAUAAAGUUGCCACAGUAAGAACUUUAGUUGACUUUGUGCUGUGAAGGGCAAAGGGGUGGGAACUUGUGACCUGUGGCUACUCAACUAGGGAGUCUGUAAGACUCACUCGGGCCUGCUGUGUCCCUCGUGAAUUUAGUAGUAGUCCUUGGUCAUUCCCCACAAAAGAAGAUGAGCCUGUAGCAGGUUACAUCCUGAGGGUCUUCUUCAUUGGCAUUAAGCUGCUUUAGUGAAGACCAAUUUCUCUGACUUCUCAGAUCGAUCCGUUGCCUUGCCAACAGCAGCAGGUAACAAGGGUGUCCAUCCCAAGAUUGUUUCCUCUGGUGAGUGGUUACUGUGAGGAUCUUUUACAGAGCAUACAUAUAAAGAAGUUACUUCUUGACCUAGAAUGGGGAGGCAAGUUGGAAAAAGUCUAAUAAAGUUUGCUGGCUUUUGUCUGCAUUUCUCUGAAUGAGAAGUAUUCCUCUUCCUGUGACACUGGGUAAAUCUUGAACAACCAACCUGUAACAUCACCCAAAAUUUGACAGGAUUCUCCAGUCAUCCUAAAGCCACCCUGAUUACUAAGUCCCUUUACCCUUCCUUCCAUUCCCUGCCCCCCUCCUUCUGUCUCCCACCAACCCUGUCAUGAGUAGAAAUUAUAAACUUAGAUUUAGAAGGAACCUUUAAGAUCAACUGCAAUUCACCAGUCCACUCAUUUAUCAGAUUAAAAAAAAAAAAAGCCUUGGAGAAUUUAAAUUCACAGAUCACGUGAGUGACUAAUCAGCACUAACAACUUGUGCUUUACUUUUACUCAAGUGUAUUUUAUCUCCUUGAAGUCUUAUUUUCCUUACACUAAGACCACAGCUAUCUCUCCAUUAAAGACUAGAAAUGGUGUAGGUAUGAUGGCAGAAGGCCUUUGAUGGUCUUCUAUUCAACCUGAAAGCAUAUGGCUCUUCCUUAGAGCAUUAGAGAAUUAGUGUAGAGAUUUUUUUUUCUUGUUGAUCUUUUCCCACAUCUCAUUUGGUUUAUAGUAUUUAAAAAAAAAAUUGCUGAUAAGUAUUGCAGUGUGUUGUCUCAUGGCGUUGUGGUCCCUCAAUCCCAGAUUUGGCUUAUGAAACUAGUGUUAACAUGUCCCAAGGCUGCACGAAGGACUAGAGGAGCAGCCUUCUUUUCACUGUCCAGAUAGUUUCCUCUUUGUUAGUUGCUGGUUGCUCCUUUGUCAUAUGGUCCAGCUGUCCCUUAAUAAGCUCUCUCUAGGACUUAAAUUUUGCUGGUACCAGCUCCCCCCAGAGACCAGGUUUUAUUUUAUCUAGUUCUUGAUUAGAAGGAAUCUUUACCUAAUGAGUACUCCCUAACGGAGGAGUGCAGGGAAGGAGGCAGGUGUUUAAGAUGCAGCUGCCACCACAACUUGGUGUUAAAUUUUAAAAAAUUUUUUGGGUCCCUCAUGUCCUAUUAUAGAGUCCUUAGCAUGAUACUUCGGUUGGGUUUUCCCUUCUUGCCCUCCCUCCACCCCGUGCCUCAAUCACUGUUUAGGCUGUAUAUAAAUUCUGGAUAGUUCUUUUUGAGCUCUUUUUGUUGCCAGAGUGCCAUCACCUUCUUGCAUGAACUUAAUUUUCUUUAGGUAGGUCCUACAUCUAAACUGUUUACAGCAGCUCCUUCCUGAACCUUCACUCCCCACUAAACUCUUAGGUUCGGCUUACUGCUUAUAUUGCCCUAGGUCAUCCUAUUUUGAGAUUGGCAAGAAUCUGCCCCCUUUAAAAGAACUAACUAUAUUCCUUCCCCUUAAUGUUGAGGUAGAAAUACCAUUUCAGACUGAAAUACAGUUUGUAGUUGAAGGACCUAUUUCCUGGUUCUUGGGUGUUGUGUUGUCUUCUCCAGCCCCUCCGGCUUUGCAUUGUUGUGGAAGGCAUAGAGAUUGCAAAGUACCAUUCAUUUUCUCUUGACUAGAUACCACAAAUAGGUUAUGCCAGUCAGUUGGAAAUCCUAAUGAAAUAAAUUUAUGAAUUGAAACUGAGUCUUACACACUUAGUUCUAUUCAAAGCGGGAGCUAAGAUUUGCUGGGUAUAUAAUACUCCGUGAAGCAGGCUAUAAAUACCUAAAUAAUUUUCCUUCAGAGUUCAGAAUUGGGUUCCAGGACCUCAAAUGAUACAUUUGAGACAGAAAGGCAUUGUAGCUGGCUGGGUAUGUUUGAAUGGAGAGUUAGCUUAAGGAUUCCAAGGUUUGGGAGCUUCUGGAAGGAACCAGGGAAUUGUUGAAACAUGCGGCUUCUGCUUUUGAAGUCUGAAGACGAUAGGUUGGGUGUAAUUCUUGACUAUAUUUACUAUACCUGCUGUUCCCUUUUUAACAUCCCCUAGCGUUUAAAAACUAUAUAUUAUCUCUGAAUAGGAAUAGCCUUCAUCAUGCUAGAGAACCCCAGAGCUGAAGCCUUUGUUGCUCUGUCUCAACAUUAGCUUCAUGAGGCUACUUUCAGAUAAAGGGUUCCUAAACUGCUUUCUCUCAGUAGCUUGGGAGGAGCUAAAAUAAGCUUAACAGUAAAGAAAAGGUACUUCUGUGUAGUAGGAUCCUGUAAGAGGAGGUUUUAGUGUGUGGCAUACUUUUGGAAAGCAUUUAACAUCUCCCACAGAUUAGAGGAACACCCACUGUUGGUAACCAGAGUCUGUUUCCUUCAGUUCUGGGAUAAUUUUCCUCAGAAAGCUUGGGUUACAGGGGUUAUGAGAUCAUGGCACCAGUUAAUCCAAGAAAUCUUAAAAUGCCCCCCUUGACAUUGAAAGUUUCGGAGGUGAGGUACAUACGCUGGGCAUUCAGAAAACUAACUUUGAGUUCUUGUUUAUUUUUUGUGUUACAGGCUUUCCUCGGAGACGGGUGGCAUGGGGAGCAGCUAGAACAA